AUGGCCGAUGAGUUCUUGGAUUUCAACAAUGGGAAGAUACAUCUGGAUGAUUUCCCCUUCAACCUCAACAAUAACGAUGUAUCAUCCACAAUUCCAGAAAACGAAUUAUUGGAUUUUUCAACAAGUAAUCCAAACAAUAACAAUAUCAACAACUCAAGACCUACACAUUCUAUCUCUCAUCUGAAUCCAAAUCAAAUUAGUCAACAAAAUUCAAGUCAAGGACAUGGUUUUGAUGAUUCAUAUAAUAACAAUAACAAUAGUUACCUUUCCCCAAUAGCUUCACCAUAUACAAAUCCAAACCAGUUAUCUUCAUCAUUUGUCUCAUCAAGAAAAAACUCAAUAUAUGAUACUUUAGAAUCAGUUGCAUCUCCACAACAAAGCAAUUCACAACAAUAUUCUUUAAAUGCACAAUAUUUCUCACCUGCCCAAAAACCAAUAUCAUUCAAUAAUCAAGGGAAUAGUUAUAACCAAGCGCGCAACAUCCCUGAUAUAUCAUCAAUCAAUAGUCCAGGAUCAUAUAAUGAUCAAUUAAGUCCAUACCCUUCUUCAUUUGAAACUUUUAAAUCACCAAGUAUACGUUCUCAAGGAUUAUCACCAGCCACUGGAAGUUCAUUACCAAAAUCACAAUUAACCAAAGAAGACAAACUGAAAAGAAGACGUGAGUUUCAUAAUCAAGUGGAAAGAAGAAGAAGAGAUUUGAUUAAAGAAAGAAUAAAAGAAUUAGGAGUUAUAGUUCCACCAUCAUUAUUAUUAGUUGAUUCCGAUGGUAAAGAAAUCAAACCAAGUAAAUCUGUUAUUAUCAAUAAAACGGUGGAAUACGUUGAACAUUUACACAAAGUUAUGAAGUAUCAAGAAGAAAGAUUGGAUGAUUUAUUGAAAAAAAUCAAUGAAUUUGAACAAUUACCAGAUCAAAACCCAGAUCAAAAUCCAGUUCCACAACAACAACAACAUCAACAAGAAAAUCUCCAUAACUUUGAGGCUCAGCGAUCAUCUGAGCUUUCAAAUAGUGACUCCUAUCAAAACUCACCAGCUAAUUAUAACGAACAUGCUCCACAAUUUUCUGAAAAAGAUUUGGAUUUCGAUGUUAAUGAAUUUUUGAGAGAACAUAAAGGCGACGCAAACUGGGAUGAUUUGAACAACAUAUAA